UUUCCUAAAUACGCCUGUCGUCUCCCACUGUCUCUCUCUCUCCCGAUCUCUUAGGAGCUCAGAAACGCAACAAUGGCGACGGGGUUGAUACGGAGGGCCAUUGCUUCGGCGUCGUCUAGAUCGACGGCGGCGUCGUUUCGUUAUGUGUGCGUUCGGAUCAUGGCGUCGGAGGCUCAGGCCCAGCAAGUGGACCUCAAGGCCAGGGACAAAACGGACGUCAAGACCUUCUCAAUCUACCGGUGGAACCCGGACAACCCGAAGAAGCCGGAGCUCAAGGAGUACGAGAUCGACCUCAAGGAGUGCGGGCCCAUGGUGCUGGACGCCCUUAUCAAGAUAAAGAACGAGAUGGACCCCACCCUCACCUUCCGCCGAUCUUGCCGGGAAGGGAUCUGCGGCUCCUGCGCCAUGAACAUCGACGGCUGCAACGGCCUGGCCUGCCUGACGAAGAUUGCGCCGUCGAACGCAGGCGCCACGAUGAUCACGCCGCUGCCGCAUAUGUUUGUGAUCAAGGACCUGGUGGUGGACAUGACGAAUUUCUACAACCAGUACAAGAGCAUCGAGCCGUGGCUGAAGCGGAAGACCCCGGCGGCGGAGCUGGAUGGGAAGGAGAUAAGGCAGAGCAAGAAGGAUAGGGCGAAGCUGGAUGGGAUGUACGAGUGCAUUCUCUGCGCCUGCUGUAGCACAUCCUGCCCUAGCUACUGGUGGAACCCUGAGUCCUAUUUGGGCCCAGCCGCCUUGCUCCACGCCAAUCGGUGGAUAAGUGACAGCCGUGACGAAUACACGGAGGAACGUCUGGAUGCCGUAAAUGACGAGUUCAAGCUCUACCGGUGCCAUACCAUAUUGAACUGUGCUCGUGCCUGCCCGAAGGGUUUGAACCCCGGAAAGCAGAUCCAACAUAUCAAGCAGCUCCAGCUGAAGCCCUAAGUUUCUGAAAGCAAAUAGUGUGUUUUGUUUAACCAGUUAUUCUGGGAAUUUUUUGAGGAUUCAGCUGUUCUGUGGUUUGAGCAAAUAAUUUGUGAACUAAUUGUAUCUUUUAUCCCUUUUAUAAAAUUGGGAGGAAAGCACGUUGUUCUACGUUGCUUUUGUUUAUAAAUAAGUACAAAGAUGAACUGCA